AUGAAUGUAACGAACAAUAACAACAAACAGAGUUUCAUGAACGAACAAGGUAUGAUCCAGUUUGAUCCAGUCAACAACAUUAACCUAAAGAGUAGCACCAACAACAGCUUCUUCAACCUCGGAUUCUUUCAAGAAAACACCAAGAAACCAGAGACGAGUCUUUCUUCUCUAUAUAGCACCGACGUUCACACGCGCUCUUCUAAUGUGUCAGCCACGGCGUUGCUUCAGAAAGCUACUCAAAUGGGCUCAGUUGCAAGCAACGACUCUUCGGCGUUCUUCAGAGGCUUAGCUUCUUCGUCUAAUUCGUCAAGCGUGGUUGUUAAUGACUUUGGAGGAAGGCUGUUCAUGGGGAACAAUAAUAACAGUAACCUUCAAGGUCUAACGAACUCAUUUGUGGCCGUAAAUGACGGCGGUGCCGGCGGAUCCGGCGGCAAUAUCUUUGAAAUUAAUUUUGGAUAUAAUGGAAAUAUGAGCGGCUCGGACAAUUUCAACGAUGAUAUAUAA